AGGCAUCUGAUUACACUGAUUUGACAGUCCUAAUGCGUGGAGGAACACCCAUACAAGCAGAGGAGGUCCAUAACAGAAACAAUGGAAGAUGUAUCAUUGAACAGCCAGUGGCUCCUGAAAAUGGAAGGCUUCAAUGUUACUAACCAAUCCAUGUACCCUCUUUUCCUUCUUCUAUUAUUCAAUUAUCUUCUCAUCCUUAUUUUCAAUACUGGGGUCUUACUGCUCAUCACCACUGAGAGAAGUUUGCACCAGCCUAUGUAUCUCUUGGUAUGUAACUUGCCUGUGAAUGAUCUGAUCGGAACCACCGCCCUGAUGCCCAGGCUCAUGUUGGACAUACUGUCAUCUAAAAGAUACAUUUCUUACAUUGAAUGUGUUGUUCAAGCUUUUUGCAGUCAUACUUUUGGAUCUGCUUCACACAUGAUACUAAUAGUUAUGGCUCUCGACAGGCUGUCCAGGUGCAGAUCAGUUAUUUACAAUCCUUAUUGUGACAAUGCAUCAUUAUUCAAGUUGUCUUGUGAAGAUAUUACAGUCAAUAACAUCUAUGGAUUAUUCAGCACAGUUUUAUUGCAUGUAUCCUCAAUGGGAAGCAUCUCUAUCACCUAUUGCAACAUGCUUUUCAUUUGUUUCAGUACAAAAAACAAGCAACUCAACAACAAAGCACUUCAAACAUGUGCCACUCCCUUAGUUCUGUACCUGGUCAUGCUGUGCUCUGGAUUACUACCCAUUAUAUAACAUCGUUUUCCUCUUUACCCGGAUUUCAGAAAACUGUCAUAUAUUUUAUUUGUUGUUGUUCCAGCAAAUGUGAAUCCCAUUGUUUAUGGCCUGAAUUCUAAUGAAUUAAGAAACAAACUGGUGCAAAUAUUCCUUUGAAAGGUGUUGCAUAUAUGAAUAAUAAAUCAAAUGUAAAAAAUGCA